UCCGUUGCCACGGCCACAUGGGCAAGUCGUAUGAGCGCCUCCAUGGCGAGGAGGACGGAAAGGCUGGCCAGCCCCUUUUGCGCAAGGCGCCACGUGACAAGUACCAUCUGGUGUGGCUGGCGAUGGUCAUUCUGGGUACGGGCGUGCUGAUGGCCUGGAACUCGUUCAUCUCGGCCUUUGACUACUUCUCGGAGCGAUUCGGCAACAACAUCGAGUUCCGCAUCUCGUGCGCCUUCAACUAUCCCUCGCUCAUCAUGCUGUUUGUCUCGGUCCGUUACGCCGCCUCAUGGUCGGUCUCGACUCGUAUCGCCGCCACGUACUCCAUCUCGCUAGUCAUGCUCGUCGUCACACCCUGCCUCUCGCUGCUCGGCCUCUCCUACGACGUCGAGCUCUGGCUCACUCUCUUCGCUGUCUUUAUCACGGGUGUCUGCACCGGAGUGGUCUUUGGCACCGUCUUGGGAUUUGCCUCGCUCUUCCCCUCGUCGUACAUCACCGCCGCCAUGUCGGGCAUCGGCCUCUCCGGAAUCGUCGCCGCUGCCCUCCGUAUCGUCACCAAGGCCUCGCUGCCCAACACCGAGAAGGGCCUGCGCGAGUCGACGUUUAUCUAUUUUUCACUCGCCGGUCUUGUCCUGGCUGUCUGCAUCACCCUGUACUUUGCCAUGCUCCGCCACCCGUUUGUCAAGUACCACAUCGUGGCCCAGUCGCAGCCGCCUGCGCUGGAUGCCACAGACGUCACUACCGCCGACUCUCAGGCACUGAGCCCUCGCCCGCAGCUAGACGUCUACUCGGACGGUGUCAUCGUCUGCCGCACAGACCCGUCCGUCGUCGAAGUCUUCUCCAAGCUCUGGAAGGAGGGACUCGGCGUUUACAUUGUCUUUGUCGUCACCCUCUCCAUGUUCCCGGGCGUCACCUCGCAGAUCAAGCCCAAGGACCCCAACUUUCUCAGUUCGGGUUGGUACCAGGUCCUCCUCACUUCCGAGUUUAUGCUCUUUGACUAUAUCGGCCGCACUUCGCCGCGCUUCAUCCGCCUCUUCUCGCCACGGACCCUGCUCAUCCCCAUCCUCUGCCGCCUCGCCUUUGUCCCGCUCUUCCUCCUCGCUGCCGGCACCUUUACCGAGCCGUACUUUACCAGCUGGGCCGGCUACCCGUUUCUUUUCAUGGCCUUCUUUGCCCUCUCCAACGGCUACUGUGGCACGCUGGCGAUGAUGUAUGGGCCCGACGAGCUCGAGCCGUACGAGAAGGAGAACGGUGGCAUCCAGAUGAGCUUCCUCCUCAACGCUGGCGUCCUCUCUGGCGUCAACAUUGCUCUCGCGUUUACCGGCUAAUCCAAUCAACCUUUGCCUCUCGCUCCUCCACACAAACGAUCCCCAACUGCCACUCUCAUCGUGUUGUCUUGUUUAUCUCUGACCGCCGCCGCUCAUCGCGGCCACCGCUCCUCACGCCGGGUUUGCGUCAGGUGCCUUUCCGGGGGAAACUACGACGCCAGUCGCCCUCUGGUUGCUGCUGGCAUCGGCUGGCAUCGCACUAACCUCCUGAAUGGCAUUAUUAUCCACCCAGAUUCUCCGAGUAGGCAAAGGCCGGGCCUGAGGUUGCGGUCUGUGUCGGGGUUGCGGCCGGGGACGACGACGCCGACGACGAUGGGGCAAACGGGUUGACAGUGGCAUAGCUGAUAGGCCUGGGCGUUGGGCUGAGUUGAGUGCGGAGGUGCGAGACGGUGCGGAACAGGUCACGAACUGAGGGUCGGUCUUCGGGCUCGUGGGCCAUACAGGCUUGAAUGAGAUCAACGACGGGCGGAGGGAUGUCAGCUGCGUGGCCAUCGAGGUCGAGGGUGAGUGAGCCACUGGAGACACCGGCUGCAACCUGCAGCGGAGUGAGGCCGGCGUACGGCUCAGUUUGGGUGAAGAUCUCAAAGAGAAGCACGCCGAACGACCAGACGUCCGACUUGGCCGAGUACUUGCGAUGUGUGAUGGCCUCGACCGCCAUCCACUUGACCGGGCCGACAACGGACGCGGUGUAGUUGUCGCCGGCGCCUGACGCGUCGCGGCUCAUGCCAAAGUCGGUGAGGAGUGGCGUGACUGUGGCUGCCGGGCCAUGGCCGCCGACCGAGACAAGGAUGUUGCGGGCGGCAAGAUCGCGGUGGACAAUCGACUCGGCUGAGAGAUGCAGGAGGCCGGCGGCAAUGCCGACUGCCACGCCAAGCUUCUUCUCGACGUUCCACACAAAGCCCGAGGUUGGAUGGAGGAGAGCGAGGAGGGUGCCGCCAGGCACAAACGAAGAGACGAUGCAGAGCUCGUUCUCGCCGGCCUUGCACACCCCGAGAAACUGGACAACAUUGGGGUGUGGUGGGAGGAGGCGCAUGAGCUUGGCCUCGGCCUUGAACUCUGCCACGGCGUCGGAAGCCAACGAAUCGACCUUGAUGGUCUUGAUGGCCACGUCGCCGCCGCGCCAGGUACCGCGAUGGACCACUCCAAACGCG